CUGGCUCCUCCCCGCUGCCCUCAGCAGCUGAUCCUCAGCUGCAGCCCGCGCCUCCCGGCCCGGCUCCAACGUCGCGCCGCCGCUUCCCAACUCGCCGCUGUAACGGCGCGGGGGGGGACGGAGCCUGGGCCCGCUCCGGGGACCCGCAGCAGGACGUUUUUCCACCGCUGUUGCUCGUGGCCGGCGGCGGGGCGAGCCCCGCAGGGGAGCGGGGCCGGGCAGGUGCUGCCUCGUCCCGGCGCGGUCAGGGACAGAGGGACGGCUGCAGAGGCACGGCCGGCCCCCCGCGGGCACCUCGGCGGAGGGAGGAUGAAGAGGAAGAGCGGCCCAGGUGCCCACGGGUUGCAGCGUCCUCCGGAAAGGCGGGGCGGUUUCUGCCGAAUUUCCAAAAUUAUGUCUCUCUCCCCGAGCAACACUGAAAAUAGGACUGCCCCUUCUCAAGUGAGGAAGUAGACCUCUCUGCAGCUCCGGAAGACUGUUGAAACACAGGACCUUGUCCCUCGUGUGUAACAUCUGAUGCCAUGUGAGACAGCAGGAGUGUCAUCUGAAGAGCGCUGUUCAUGAGGCACAGUGGGGAGCCCCAGACCCACCUGGCAGUGUCCUGACCGCAUGCUGCCUGUGCACAAGAUGAGAUAACAUGGAGAUAACAUGGGAGGACAAACGAAGAAGACCAGAGGAUACAGCUCUUUGAGAGUCUGUCAAAGAACUCUUGAAAGGAAGGCUUAAACAGGGCCUCCUUCAAAGCGAUGGAACUGGCUGGGGUCCGGACAGCACAAACAUCGGGAAAUUCUGGACGGACGCCCAGAUUCCUCUCCGUUGCACGGGAACUCGGGCUGGUUCGCUUCUCGGCAGCCGCAGCCCGAAGACGCGGAGCGGGGGCAGCGCGCUGCCCGGCCUUGGCCCUGCGCUCUGACCUUCACCUUCCCUCCCGCACCCCGCCUGGCCCUGAGCGUUCCGCUCUGCAACGCUUCAUCCCAUUCGCCUGCCCCGGAAGCGCCGGGACAACCGCGGGCGCCCCUCGGGGAUGGCCGGAGGGUGAAGUGACAGGAGGCAGGGCAGGGCUCCCGGGGGCGAUGCGGGGACGAUGCGGGACCACAGCCCGGAAGCGCCCGCGCGCGGCCGCGCACCCGCCUCAGCCCUCCUGCCAGCAGCUGCCGUACAACAUGGCGACGCCCAUCCGCGCUUCGCACGGCGGGGCCAUGAUAAAAUCCUACAAUGCCGUUUUGAGCGGGUGAAGUGAAGGGAGUAAAAGGGGGAUAAAAAAUGCCCAAGCAAACAGCAGUGACAAUUGCUGUUGCAACCCUGCUGGGUGUUGCAGUGGGGGGCCUGGUUUUGUGGAAGGCAGCCCGGCGUCGGAAGGGAAAAGCAUGCUCUAGUAGCCAGGGAGAGGAAGCAGUUACACAUUCGGGAGAAGAGAAACAGAUUAAGGCAGAGGAUAAGGAGGUGCUUUCCUUCUUCGGAUCUCCUACCUUUUCCUGGGUAGAGAGGACCCUUGGUGCAGACAUAGUGAUAGUUUCAAAGCAGGGGGAGUGGGAUCAUGUUGAACCUUUGCUGAAGAAGGAGCUGGAGAAGUGGCCAGUGCUUGGAUUUGAUUGUGAGUGGGUAUCUGUGGAGGGAAAAGCAAAUCCUGUAUCCCUCCUGCAGAUGGCUUCUUCCAGUGGCCUCUGCUUUCUUGUACGGCUGCCCAGGCUUGUUGCCAACGGACAGACUAUCCCAAAGACCCUGUUGGACAUCAUGGCAGAUAGUGCUGUGUUGAAAGUUGGAGUAGGAUGCUGGGAAGAUGCUUGCAAGUUACUUCAUGAUUAUAAUCUCCCAGUCAGAGGGAGCAUGGAUCUUCGCUACUUGGCCAUGAGACAGCGGAAGGAUCUACUUCAUAACUGCCUUAGCCUUAAGUCUUUAGCCGAAAAAGUUCUGAACUGCCCGCUUGACAAGUCUCCUCAUGUGCGUUGCAGCAACUGGGAAGCGGAAGAGCUGACGAGAGAUCAGGUUCUUUAUGCUGCUAGGGAUGCUCAGAUCUCAGUGGCUCUCUUUCUCCAUUUGCUGGGACUUGCCAGCCUUCCUGCUACAUCUGAAGGUGAAAAUUCUGUCACUGCUUGGGAAAAAGCACUGGUUAAAUGCCAGGGCUUGAUGGAUAUCCCGUUUAGAGGAAGAAGUGUUGGCAGCACAGAAGAGGAGAAGAGUGGAGUGGGAUGCUCUCCUCAGAAGACAAAGAAUUGGAAAUCUCUGGGGAAUGGCCAGUCCUCUGGCAGUCAGCAAGUGAGAGAUCCUCGGAGGCAGAAGCGAAAGCCUCUGGGUGUGGGAUAUUCUGCAAGAAAAUCUCCACUGUAUGACAACUGCUUCCUUCAUGCACCAGAUGGACAGCCCCUCUGCACUUGUGAUCGCAAGAAGGCUCAGUGGUAUCUGGACAAGGGGAUUGGAGAGCUAGUUAGCACAGAGCCAUUUGUUGUGAAGCUUCGGUUUGAGCCUUCAGGACGUCCCGAGUCUCAAGUUGAUUAUUAUCUGACAGUCAAAGAGAACCUGUGUGUUGUGUGUGGCAAGCGAGAGUCCUACAUCCGGAAGAACAUUGUUCCUCAUGAAUACCGAAGACACUUCCCCAUCCAGAUGAAGGACCACAACUCCCAUGACGUGCUCCUGCUCUGCACGUCCUGUCAUGCCAUCUCCAAUUACUAUGACAACCAUCUCAAGCAGCAGCUGGCAGAGGAGUUUGGUGCCCCCAUCGGCUCUGAGGAAGGCGUGCGCCUGCUGGAGGACCCUCUGCGCAGGCAGGUGCGCUCGGGGGCCCGAGCCCUGCUGAAUGCAGACAGCCUGCCUGACCCCCGAAGGGCAGAGCUUCUGCAAAGCAUCAAGGACUUCUUUAACACAGAGGUAGUCACCCCAGAGAUGCUCCAGGAAGCAGCUGGUCUGGAAACCAGGAUCUGCAAUGAGAGUUACAUGCCUCAUGGACUAAAGGUGGUGCAGUGUUUUGCUAAAGGAGGCCUGCGCUCCCUCAUGCAGCUGGAGAGACGCUGGCGGCAGCAUUUCUUGGACAACAUGCAGCCCAAGCACCUCCCAGAGCAAUGGUCAGUGGACCAUAACCACCUGAAGCUGAUCCGAAAGUAUGGGGAGGAUCUUCAGAUCAUGCUGUCGUGAAAGUUAACUUCCUGGACUCUAGGUAGUGAGUAAUGGACCUAAGUAACUGAAGGUGGAAGGACUUUUUUUGUUUCUGUGUCUCCACUAACAUCUGGGCCUGGGUUAGCAAACAGGCAGCAGUUGGAUCUGCCAGAUUUGGCAUUUUACAGAGUUAGUGCAUUGCCUUGGAUUUUCAAGUGGUUUGGAAUUUUUUAAUCCUAGUCUGUCACUGACUGGUUCAGCACAAGAGUGAUAUGCUAAGGGAACUUGUCUUCUCCAAGUGAUUAUGGAGACUUAUUUUCUAACCCCAUGGAUGGCUGAUGCUUCCAGACCAUCUCUCUUAACACAGAGCACAAUAUAUGAAUGUUUCCAGGUUUUCCAACAUGUACAUCUAUGCCCUUAGCUGCACCUUGAGAGUCUUCUGAUGAAAGUCUUCAUAGUUGUACUCAUGAGUUCUUCUCAGAGAAGACUUCCUGCCAGAGAGCAAGUCCUUGUUUGGAAGUGGCAAAGAAACCUUGCUUCCCCUCCACACACACACCUUCUGUUGUUGCAUAAUAGGCCUCAGUGGCAGCAGCCUGAUGAGAAGUGGCACUGACUGUGGCAGUAUGGAAGACCCAUGUCAAGUCUUUUCUUAAACAGCUUCUGGCAACACAGUCUAUGAAAAUGUGAUUUCUUACAUCCUAGAAUAAUAGAAUUAUAGAAUGGUUUGGGUUGGAAUGGUCCUUAAAGAUCAUCUAGUUCCAAUCCCUCUGCCUUGGGCAGGGGACACUUCCCACUAGAUAAAGUUGCUCAGAGCCCCAUUCAGCCUGGCCUUGAACACUUUUCAGGGGGGGGACAGACACAGUUUCUCUGCAAAACCUGUUCCUGUGUCUCACCACCCCCAUUGUAAACAUUUUCUUCCUAUAAUCUCAAUCUCCCCUCUUUCAGUUUAAAGCCAUUACCCCUCAUCCUAUCACUACAUGCCCUUGUAAAAAGUCCCUCUCCAGGUUUCUUGCAGGCCCAUUUCAGGAACUGGAAGGCUGCUAUUAAAAGCCUUCCACUUGUUUAUCAGUAGUAGCUCUUGCUGGGUACCUUUUCAUAUCAGACUGAGAUGGGGUCAGGUGUCUUAGAAGGGAUAAGAGGAAACAAAUUUUAUUAAAAAACCAGCAUCUUUUAAGAGGUCAUGCCAUGUGUGGCAGAAAACAGGAAAAUCUUGUGUUCUGUCCCUGGGGGGGUGUGGUGGUGAGCAGGUCAUACUCUCUCCAUGCCUGUUUUCCUGUCUCUAAAAUGGGACUAAUACUACUUACCUAUCUCACAAGGGUGUUGUGAGGCCUAUUUAGUUCAUGUUUUUGUAAAAUGCUUUGAAAAUACAAGCUUGUGUGUGCUAAUUAUUACUGUUGUUUUUAACAUGUGGUGCUGUUUUUCUUAAAUAUUCCUGAUUUUUGCCUGGUGUUAGACCUUAGUUAAAUACAGCUUUUUAAAAAUAUAUGCCCCUUUCUGUGAAAUCACUUUUGAUUAUUUUGAUUGCACGAGAUGAGUGUGCUUCUCCUGAAUGAUGAAGCUUUGCUCAACUUCUACAGGUCUCUGUAAAGAAAUUUCAGUAAAAACCUUAUCAUACUUCACACUACUGCGUAUAGCACAGUUGACCCAUAUUUCAUUAUAACAUUUGGUCAGAACCUUGGACUAGCUGUAAUGGUGUCUGAAACUGUCCCCUAUCAGAUAAUUGAAGAAAUUUCACAGACUAGGGUUGAAAAUCCUGAUUGUAGCAGAGCCUGUUUGAAAUAGUUAGGAGCCAUGGAGAUAUUGAAUGUUAAUGUCAUCCCAGAGGAACUGCAGUAGCAGCCUGAGCUUGAGGAACCAAAGAUUCAAGAUAAAUACUAGUCACAGACCGUUUUCAUGAUGAGGGCCUUAACAAAAGCAAAUGUGUCCUGUUUCUGUGCUCAUUCACUCAGCUGAUCGUAAUCUCAGCAAGAACCUCAUGUCUGUAACAGCAGCUUGGGUACAACUAUUUCUCCCCAAAGCAUUUUGAGCAUGUGUUCAGAUAGCACUAACUCCUGUCUUUAGUGUCAUCUGAUCAGGGUGGUGAGAGCUCUUUGCAUGGCUCAGAAACUCCUCUUAAAGGAGUGCAAGGUGUCCGUCUCACUUACUUGUUCUGCUUUAAUUUUUUUCUCCCUUUGUUCUGAUGCAGGAACUCCUGAUAAAGCUGUGUUUAUUUAAUGGAAACAAUGGGGUGACCUCAUGGCUGCUGUCUUUUAUGUUUAUUGAAACAAGAAAAUGAUGUUCAGACAAGAUUUAGACUGCAGGUCCUCUAAAUUUAAGGAAUCAGGGUUAUCAUUGAAGAGUUUUGUGGGUUUGUUUUCCCAAAUCACUUGUUCAGAAAUAGAAAUUUGCAAGGAAAACUUCAUAAAUAUUUUCUUAACUGGGAUUCUUUGUUGUUUUUAAGGUACCCUUAACUUGCAUCAUUUUAAGUCAACCUGAAAGAGGAGGGGAAGCAGUAUGUUGUGCAGAAAAAGGUUAUUUUUAUAUUAUUAUGAUUUUAAAUUUUUAGUCAGUUUGUAGCUAAAGUUUCAUCACUAAUUGUUACACUCAGUAAAAAUCUGAUCUUUUACCAGA